AUGGACUCCCAACGUCCUCCACCAUCCACUCUUCCUCCUUCUAUGGGGCCUGGCGCUCGGCCUAUACGACCCGGAGAAGCUUCAUCAAAAGCAAGCCAUGCUGAUAUGACACAAAUAAGGUCGACCUACGUCUUUUCCGCAGAACCAGAACACCUUCGUAUUGGCUACCAGCUCUAUGGCGAACAACGUGACUAUCAAGUUCCAUAUGAAUCUAUUCCGAUGAAUAGACUGACAAGAUGGUGGCUCUGUGGAGAUUCCGAGAGGUCCAAGGCGACGGGUAUUGCGCUCAUUGAUCUGAUGCGCGGAGUUGAAAACACGGUCCGGCGACCGAUCACCCAAACAGAGGUAGAAGGGCUUACAUACUAUGGUUGCAAACGAGGCAUGUACAUGUUCAAUGGCACCAUCCUUGGCUGCUUAAUUGGUGGAGCAAUAGCUUACAGGACUCGGGAGAACAUGAAAUUUCCUUUCAUGAAUGCCAAACCCCUGGAGAGAUAUGACCACUUUCCCAGUCGCAAAUUCACAAUUUUCCAAGGACAAAUGGCGCGGACCUGGUGGCAAAUUACAAGGGCCAAUGUUUGGGCCCUCGUGGCUGUCAUUGCAAUGGCACCCUUUGCCGCUGCUGCUGGCGAUGUGGCUUCCAUGGUGGGACUUUACCGUGAUGAACGCACUCAUCAGCUCUUGAUGGAGAUCAAACAAAAGAAUGUGAAUCUCGAGUCAAGCAGUCUCAACCGGCCUUUGGAAAUUGAGCACAGACGAAAUGCAGGACAUGAUCAACCUCCAAGUCAGGGUGGAGGUCAGUAUGAGGACGCUGAACCUCAAGGGUCUUUCGGGAUCAGUUCUGACAAUACCUAUGGAGAUAGAAGAACUGACAUGGGAAUGUGGAGUGAAUCCACAAGUCACCGUCCGGGGGAUAUGCAACCGCCAUCCUCUACAUUGGGACGUGGCUCGUCAUGGAGAAAGCCUCUGACGCCGCCAUCACCACCACAAAAUGGCAGACAUGAAGAAUCUGAUGCUUCUUUUGGUUCAGGUGUCUUUUUCGAUGACGAUGAUGCAUCACCAGUUGCUAGACCGGACAAUGGAGAAGCAACCCGUGGUUUCCGCAAAGACAAUUCCGCCGAGGCAUGGUACCGCCCUACAUGGUACCGUAUACGCACAGCCAAUCGAGAAGCUCCAAAACACGACCCCGACGAUCCGUACAGGGAUUCUAGCUCUCCUCAGUUCUCCAGAGAAGGAGACCAGAAGAUGAGGGAGAACGCGCAGAAAGAAUUUGAUGAUAUGCUAGAAAGGGAGAGACGGCAGGGUGGACGGGACGACUACGAGAGAGCGGUUCGUGCUGGUGAAGAGGGUGCUGCGAACUCGGGCAUGAGUGCUUGGGAACGCAGGAGGAACGCGAAUAGGGAGUAA